AUGCUUAAAUCACGUUUUCCCUAGACAAUCAGAUCUAAAAGAGAGAGCAAAGUCACUAGAUUAUGAAGAUUAAGGCGAGUAAGUGGAUAGUGGGUGUUGGGAAAAAGCUUGGAGGGAGAUGCUAUUAAGAUAUUAUGCCGAAAUGAAUGUUAAAGAGAAGCAUCGUGCUCAUCCAAGUGUUGUCGAGCGUGGAACUUUGACCAACAUGGUCAAGCACGAUUGUUCAUCAGUCAAGACAUCUUUUGAAAUAUUCAUCUCUGAAGAAAGCUUUGACCAACAAAGGAUUGAGGAGAUCUCCAAUUGCAAGCAUUUCUCUCCCAUCAUUGACAAUUGCCAGGUUUAAGGGGCAAGCUUAGAGGCACAAGAACCAAGAGCAGCCUUGAAGUUCAAAAGCUCAAGCACAUCACACUUUAUGUGGCUCUAGCAAUCAAGGGAUUCUCUAAGGAAAGGAAUGCAACUACUCAUUAAACAAUUGUACUUUGAAAGAUCUAGGAGUCAGAUUUUACUAGAAACUUGAAUGCUACCAUGUCGAUGUACUUAGUGUGAUGUACUAGGCUUCUACUUUGUAAUGAAUGACCAUCUUUGUA